UUGGCGCGGACCACCUCUGAUUUACCUAGAGCGCAUUAGAAUGUUUAAUAAUCCUAGCAGCAGCUUGACGGCAGGUGGUGGUGGCCUGACCGACUUUUAAAGAAACCUUGGGGGGAGUUGGGCGGCAUCUUCAGUUGGACAUUGGCCUCCGUAAGACGAAGAGUCAAGGAAAAAGAGCCGUAGGGUGCAGAAGACAGGAGAGCACAAACACAGCUGCCUCCUCGGAUUUCUUCUCAACAAUCAACAGAACAAGCAAAAACAUGCGAUUAUCAACGAUUUUUGAGCUGUUGCUGAUUCUCUUGUUGGUGGCCUUCGCGGCUUACGGUCGUGUUAUCGAUCGCAAUGAGGUGUCACAUCGAGUGGUUCGCGCCGUAAAUAAUGUGAAGCAGAUGGAUACAAUAGGUUUGCCAACGAUGUCGUUGAAGCAGGCGGCCGACAGCGUGAACCGAUAUUGCACCUGUAAUGAGAACAUCUGCAAUUGCUGUCGAGACUUUCACAUACCGCUUGUACAGUUGAAAGGACCGGGAUGUGCCUCGCUACAGUACUUACAGGGUGACAAUCUGGCAGUCCAACUCAGCUUCGGUGACAACAUAUUAACUAGCACGAUCGUUAACGGAAAAAGUCCGAGGCCUGUAUGUGUACCGCUACCAGGUGGUUUUACUAAAUUCUGUGGCCGGAUUUAUUCUAUCCAACGUGACGCGAGAAAUCAUUUCAAAGCUUGCCUCGGCCUGGAAUUGCAGUCGGCUACUGAAUUAGAAGCUAGCCUCCGCGUUAGUUGCUUCAGAUUCGGUCCAGAUGGCUUGAAACUCCGUCCAGCCGAGCCACUUCCUGAUGUCGAGGCAGAAUCAACGGAAGAAGAUGAUGAUGAUGACGAUUUCUUCGGCCUCGGUACGGAUGAUGAUGACGACGAUGACGACGAGGACGAUGAGACGCUUUCUACGAAUUCUGUUCCCAAUGCUUCGGGAGUCGAUGACGUCCAAGGAUCGGAUGACGACGACGAUGAGGAUGACAUUUUGGGUUUCAGCGCUAUUCUAGACAUCUUCACCGGCGACGACGACACCCCAAAGAGACCGAAAGCUACUACUGCAGCGCCAUUGUUGGAAUUCACUAUACCGAUUCUGCCGAGGCCAACGACGCCAACGCCACUGGACGAGUCCACUUUUGCCAACGAGUUGGAAAACAAUGACGACGAAGAACUGGAAGACAACACUCAUGAACCCGGCAAGGCGGAGGAAGAAGCAGGCACCGCACUGACCGAGAACAACAUCGACGAAAGUACUGUCGAGAGCCAAGAACAAAUCACGGAGGCUUCUAACAAAAUCGCGUAUCUUGCAAAACCCGACAAGGACACCGCCAACAAUGACGUGAAAAAGGGAGUCAUCGGGGAAAAAAAGAAACCCACUGUAACGUCGACCAGCGUUAACGCUAUCCACGAUCCUGAAAAACCUGUGAAGAAACCCAUCAAGGACGAAAACAACGAAAACGCCGAUGAUGACGAUGAUCUUUUAGACGACGAUGACGACGACGAGGAUGAUGAAGAUGAAGAUGAAGACAUCGACGACGAUGAUGAUAAGGAUGAUGAAGACGAAAACGAAGAGGACGAAGACAAAAUAGAAGAUGAAAAACACGAGGAGCAAGAGUAUGACGAAGACGAGAAGGAUCUUGCUGAUCUAGCUGAUGAUGACGACGAUGAAGAGGAAGAAGCCGUGUUAAAUGCUUUCAUGCAGACUGGGAAAAGUAAAAAAGACAAAGGAAACGCGAAAAAUCAAACUGACACUGAUGAGGAUUAUAGUGUAGAGUUUUUGGCUAGAAAGAGGCAUCCAAGUGAAAGUCGUCAGAGCAAAAUCACGAGGUUUUAAUAUGUACAGAGCUGUGCCCCAGUCAGUAGGAUAAUCGGAAGUCGAAGAAAGCUCGUCCUUUUUAUCGCAAAUUUGUUGUUCCAAUAAAACUUCAACUUCGUUUUAUUGGCUCAGCGAAUUGCUCGUCGAAGAUCUGAAUUGGUAUACAUAACUGUGACCGUGUAACCUAUUUUUUAAUGAUAAAAUUGUAAGUCAUUAUUUCUUUUAAUAACUAACUGUUAUAUGAAUAGUCGUAAUAUCUUAAUUAUUUUACGAUGGCUAUUAUAGAAAUGAUUUUUAUAAUUGUUAUUAAUUUUAUUGUUAGAAAAUAGGUAAUUUACGUUGCUAUUAUAAUUUAUUCUUUACGCAAUUAAUCCCUUAUUUAUUAAAUAACGUGGAAAGUGAUACGAGAUUUCAGUAAAGAGGAAGAGCUUUCUUCAAAGAUAGCUCACGUAAAUAGGAUACAACGAGAAAAGAUUCUUAAAAACAAAAUUCUAAAAAGACAGAGAUUUUUGUAACACGAGAAUCUGUUGUUGAAGAAUAUUGUUUGCCAGAAGAAGACUCAUAGAUAUAUUCAUACAGAGUGUUUCAUAAUGUUCAUGCCAAUGCUCGUGUGCGGGUAGAGUGCGGUAAACGAAUAAAAAAGUCCUUUACCAAUUUGCAAUUUUCG